AUGAACGCGCACGCGACCGCCCAGACUAUUGGCUUCAACAACGAGGGUGGGAGGAUCGCUAUACAGGCGGCGGAGUACCAUGUCCAUGGAGACAACAUCGUAAAUCAAGCACAAGAAGGUGGUCUGGAGAAACUACCGUACGCCGCCGAAGCGCCGUUCAACGCGUAUAUCCGGCAGCACGAUCCGGAAUGCCUCCCCUUCACGCGAACAGCGCUCUUAGACGACAUAUAUGCCUGGACUGAUGGACACGAUAAGCAAUGCGUCUACUGGCUAAGCGGUUUAGCUGGUACCGGAAAGUCAACAAUUGCACGGACCGUAGCUCGUAGGCACUAUGAGCGGAGGAGCCUAGGAGCCAGCUUCUUCUUUACCAGAGGCGGCGGCGACCUUGGUCAUGCGCGUAAAUUCGUAACAAGCAUUGCCGUUCAGCUUGCAUACAAUGUUCCGGUAUCUCGUCAGCACAUAUGUGACGCGAUUGCAGAGCGCCCUGAUAUCUCGAAUUCCACGUUGCGCGACCAGUGGCAGCAACUCGUCCUUCGUCCGUUGUCCGCGCUCAACACUUUGGGUAACAUCACUGCUUUAGUCCUGGUCAUCGAUGCUCUGGAUGAAUGUGAUGAUGAUGACGAUAUUCGGAUAGUUAUCGAAUUGUUGGCCGAAGCGCAAGCACUCAGCGGACCGAAAGUGCGCGUAUUCUUGACAAGCAGGCCUGAAGUAGCGAUCCGGCACGGCUUCUACGACGUGCCAGAUACAUCACAUCAGUGUUUCGUGCUGCAUCACAUCGCAUCCUCUGUUGUCGAUGCUGAUAUCGAGCUCUUCUUGAAGCACAAUCUUGCAAUCACUGGUCGAGAACAACGCCUGCCCGCUGGCUGGCCCGGCUCUGAGAUCGUCGCAAAGAUGGUGCAGAGGUCCAAUGGUCUCUUCAUCUGGGCUGCAACCGCCCACCGGUUUGUUCAACAAGGCAGACGUUUUGCGGCAUGA